AGGUGCACCUUGAGGUUGAAACCACAUGAUGAAAGAUCAAGCUCUAUGACUAUAUUGUAGAUGGGUGGUCACAGGGAGGUGUGCUCGACUUGCAUCACUCGACUUCGCUUCAUCUAAAAUUUGUGUUUCCUUUCUUCUUCACUUAUAUUGGUUUUUAAUUUUGAUAUCUUUGGGUUUUUAUUAGUUGGUGCACUCUUUUUGGAUUACAUUAGUUGGUGUUUAUUGAAUUUUUAUUUUUCUGUCAUUGGUAUUCCGAUGGUAAAAGAUAAAUGAUGAGGAAAAAACAGAGAAUCGUGUAUGACUGUAUAGUGGGAGAGGGGAAUACAAUGAGGAUGGUGGUUGUGCAAUUCGGUUUACAUCUAGAUCAAUUUAGUUUGCGGUUGACAUUCAAUUUCUAUGGUCGCUAGCAUAAGGCAAGGCACCAAGAAACCUCAUCUUGAUGUAAUUUUGUUCUUUCAAAAUGCAGCUUCUCUUUGAUACUCAUUGUAUAAUUGGAGCAAUUAUUAUAUUUUUCUCACAUAAAUACAUUUGACAUAGGUUUGGGAUUCAUAUAUGCUGAUGCUUAGCAUUAUGUCUGCAUGUAUAUAAAUAAAGUUUGAAAAUACAAUCCAAAAAUUGACAAAGUAUUGGGGAGAAUGCAAUUUGUUAAUGGCUAUGGCAGCAGCUUUGGACCCUAGAUACAAUGAAGUUGAUUGAAUUUUGCUUUCCUAAAAUUUAUAAUGUUGCUGAAUCUAAAAGGCAUAUCAAUCAAAUUCGUUAUUCAUUGUAUGAACUGUAUGAUGACUAUGUCGUUGCUUAUGCUUCAAAUAAUAUUGGAACUAGUGAUUUUCUUUUCAAAUGGGGAGGAGAUCUUCUAAUAGUCCUAUAACUAGUUGCAAUACAAAAGGAAAAACUAAGAGCAGGUCAGAGUUUGAUAUAUGGUCACAAGAGUUGGAUACUAUUGAACCAAGCAAAUCUGAUUUGGGCAUAUAUUUGGAAGAAGGCCUUUACAUUUGUAAAAGGAAUUUAGAUGUUGAUUUUGAUGCUUUAGAUUGGUGGAAGGCAAACACUCUCAAGUUUUGCAUUCUAUCAAACAUGGCACGUGACCUAUUAUCAAUUUCUAUCAGCAUUGUAGCUUCUAAAUCUGCUUUUAGUGCUGGGGGACAAGUUCUAGAUCAAUAUCGAAGCUCUUUGAAAUCGAAAACAGUGCAAGCUCUAAUUUGUGUAGGGGAUUGGCUAUGUUCUAAUUUUGGAGUGAAUAAACCAUUGGAGAGUGAUGAAGAGUCCAUGAAAGAAGGAUGCUUAGAGCAGUUUUGAGGCUACUGUAAGUAUGAUUUUAUUCUUUUUAAUUUACUAUAAAGUAUGUAAAUAUUCUGAUCCUUUUUAUUUUGUUUUACAGGCUGAGCAUGAAAGUUAAGAGGAGACUUUGAUUUGAGGAGCCUAUUUCUUGCUUUCUUUGAUUU